AUGAACUUUUAUUCCGUACUUGUGUUCGCUGUCUUUGCAGUUAUGUUGGCUUCAGGAAAACGUGGACUUAGAAGAGAGAUUUUGUUGAAGAAUCGUAUCCAGGUCGACUCGUCGUCGUAG